AGAGGAAACCAGGCCUAUCUGGCUCGUCGGAGGACUAGACUCACUGGUUCGCGCUCUUAAAUGACGGAGCUAGGACUCGCCAGAUCGCAUUCGUCCCAGGCCCGGGUUGCUGCUGGCUUUCCUUAGAGGGUCAGAUGAAAGAGAAUCAAAGGACUCUUUGAAAAGUCUUUAAAGCUGGGUGUGUUGGUGCACACCUGUAAUCCUAGCACUCUUGAGCUGUGAGUUUGAGGCCAGCCUGGGCUACAUAGUAAGUUAAAGACCAGCCUGAACUAGCAAGACUUUGUGUCAAACAAAGAAACAAAAAAGUCUUUGGAGACAACGCGGUGUAUAGAUAGCUAAAAAGAAGUUAACCUUAGUGGAACUAAUUAAAUAGUUGAGGCAAAUUUCCGUGUGUCAGAUUUUAUGCAGAAGUUGAAGAGCCUUUUCUUUGAAUUUAAGAAUCGUGUGCCUUUAAUACGAAGAUGAGUUUUCAAUUUAAUUUCAACAUAGAAGACCAUGCAGAAAGUGAAUUGACACCCCUUGAAGGUGGAGUUUUGACUCUGGAUCCCUCAAAAGUGUCAUCCACCUCAGAAAGUCAAAAAGGAAAACAGAAGGAGAAGAAACAUCUUAGAGAACUGUCUGACCUGCAUCCGAAGCACUUGGGGGAGUGCAGAUCAAUAGAAAAUGUAACUCCUUCUCAAGAUCCUGAUAGCCUAGUCAGUGCGGCCAAUAGUUCAAAGGACUUGGACCCAGACGAAAAGCAGCCCUGCCUGGGAGUUGCCAAAGAGCAUGCCAUACCUAAGGAUUUAAAGAAAGUGUUAGAAAAUAAAGUCAUAGAAAUGUUACCAGGUCUUCAGCAUGUUAAAAUAUCAGUAGUGAAAACUAUCUGGUCAAAAGAAAACUUCCCUGGAGAAAACAUAAUUUCCAAAAGCUUUUCUUCUCACUCUGAUCUGAUUACAGGUGUUUAUGAAGGAGGCUUAAAAAUCUGGGAAUGUACGUUUGACCUCCUGGCUUAUUUCACAAAGGCCAAAGUGAAAUUUGCUGAGAAAAAAGUGUUAGAUCUUGGCUGCGGAUCAGGAUUACUGGGUAUAACUGCAUUUAAGGGAGGAGCCAAAGAAAUUCAUUUUCAAGAUUAUAACAGUUUGGUGAUUGAGGAAGUGACUUUACCUAACGUAGUGGCUAACUGCACUUUGGAACAUGAAGAAAAUGGUGUAAAUGAACCAGAUGCAAAAAGAUGCAGGAAGUCAAAAGUAGUGCAAGAACUGGGUAACUGUCGUUUAUUUUCUGGAGAGUGGUCCGAGUUUUGUCAGCUUAUAUUAAGCAGUGAAAAACUCUUUGUAAAAUAUGAUCUCAUUCUUACCUCGGAAACCAUUUAUAAUCCGGAUUAUUAUACUACAUUGCACCAAACUUUAGUUAGACUGUUGAGUAAAGAUGGACGGGUGCUUUUGGCCAGCAAAGCCCAUUAUUUUGGUGUUGGUGGAGGUGUUCAUCUUUUUCAGAAGUUUGUAGAAGAAAAGGAUGUAUUUGAGAUUAGGACACUGGAAAUAAUUGAUGAAGGACUAAAAAGGUUUCUAAUUGAAAUGACUUUUAAGUACCCUAGUUAAUAUUCACUGAAUGCCCUAAGAGGAAUAAACUGAAUGACCCAAAA